GCGAAAGUGUGCCGCGUAUAUAAGGCAGGGAAUCGACGGCAAUCAGCAUCCAGUUCACUCCUGGACGCACCCGGAACAUCGCGAGAGCAAAAAUGAGAAUCCUGGUUUACGUGGCAGUUGUCGCCCUCGUGGUCGCGACAGUAUUGUCGGAGAAAACCGAGAAAGUCGAGAAAGCAACGGGGGAAAAGCCCGUUGAGAAGAAGCAAGAGAAGCGAGGCCUGCUAGGCCUCGGCUACGGUUACGGCUACGACGGCGGAUACGAUAUUGGAUCCGGCGGACAUGUCGGCCUCGACCUGAGCAGCGGAUACGGCGCGCACGGUGCCGGCGGAUACGGCGGAUACAGCGCGCACGGUGCCGGCGGAUACGGCGCGAACGGUCUCGGCGGAUACAUCGGCAGUGGAUACAUCGGCGGCGGAUACCUCGGCGGUGGAUACAUCGACCACGGUCACCACGGCCACCAUGAUCACGUGAAGACCGUGACCGUGGUGAAGAACGUCGCCGUGCCUUACCCCGUGGAGAAGCACGUGCCCUAUCCGGUGGAGAAGCCCGUACCGGUCCCCGUCAAAGUGCCGGUGCCGCAGCCGUACCCGGUCGAAAAGCACGUGCCUUACCCCGUCAAGGUCUUGGUGAAGGUGCCCGUUCACGUGCCCCAGCCGUACCCGGUGGAGAAGAAGGUGCCCUACCCGGUGCACGUACCCGUCGAUCGUCCCUACCCAGUCAAGGUUCUCGUACCGCAACCUUACCCCGUCGAGAAGCACAUCCACGUCCCCGUAAAAGUACUAGUGCCGCAACCGUACCCAGUUGAGAAACACGUUCCCGUACCGGUGAAGGUCCCGGUCCACGUACCCCAACCCUACCCGGUCGAGAAGCUCGUACCCUACCCCGUCAAAGUUCCAGUCGACCGUCCCAUCCACGUGCCCGUUCCCAAGCCCUACCCCGUGCACAUCGACAGGCCCGUGCCUUACCCAGUCGAGAAACCAGUACCCUACCCCGUGAAGGUUGCAGUUGACAGGCCGUACCCGGUUCCAGUUGAGAGGCCCGUGCCAGUCGCGGUCAAGGUACCAGUGCCGCAGCCGUAUCCAGUCGAGAAACCGGUGCCGUACCCAGUGGAGAGACCCGUGCCGGUGGCAGUCAAGGUUCCAGUCGACAGGCCGUACCCCGUUCACAUCGAGAAGCCUGUGCCCUAUCCGGUGGAGAAGCCGGUGCCCUACCCGGUUAAAGUGCCGGUAGCGGUGCCAGUGCACCACGAGCACGUGCACCAGGAGCCCCUGCACCACGUGUCCGCGCAUCACGAUCACGGCGGCUACUACGCCGGUGGAUACGAGAGCGAUAUAGGCUACGGUCAUCAUCACUAAAUAUCACAAAUUCCCGAUUGGUUCUCCGUUGUCGCCUCGUAAAUCUCUCUCAAGCGCCGACAACGGACAACCGCGUGGACCUUGCGCCUUAGGAUACGAAGGAUACGAUCCGAAACGUUGUCGUGCACCGCCGUGAUAUCCGCUUUUGUACCUGGAUCGGAUCGGGGACCAUCUCCGGUAAAUGAUCACGCACCGGACCGCGAGGCCGAUCGAUUGCAACGAGGGCGCGGCACGGCGACGUGUGCCAGUUAGGAAGAACGAAUGACCAGUAGGGAUGUACUCGAUCUUUAACGAUCUUCGCUCGAGAGCAACUCGCUUGUCUUACUUUUGUACCGAUAUUAGCAAAGUAUGUAUUUUUUUACAGAAAACGUAAUAAAUAUUAUUAUUGUAAAGUAA